UGUCCAGAAGACUCCAAAGACUUCCGCGCAGAACAAUGUUCCCAAUUCGACGCGGAGCCUUUUGAAAAUAGAUAUUUUACGUGGGUGCCGUACACCAAGGCUGCCAACCCUUGUGAACUGAACUGCAUGCCUCGCGGGGAGCGGUUUUAUUACCGACAUAAACAGGCAGUGAUCGACGGGACGAGGUGCAAUGAUGAAAAACUGGACGUUUGCGUUGAAGGCCAGUGCCUACCUGUUGGCUGUGACAUGUUGCUGGGCUCAACUGCAGUAGAAGACAAAUGCAGAGAAUGUCGUGGUGACGGGAGUGGCUGCAAGACUGUCGAAGAUCUGAUUGACACAGAUGAUCUUCAAGUUGGUUACAAUGACAUCCUUCUGAUCCCUGCAGGAGCAACAAACAUACGUGUUCAUGAACUGAAGGCCUCUAGCAACUACUUAGCAAUCAGAAAUGAAAGUGGCCACUAUUAUUUAAAUGGAAACUGGAGGAUUGACUUUCCGAGAAGCCUAAGAUUUGCUGGAACAAUAUUUCACUAUGAGAGAGUCCCACAUGCAUUCUUGGCACCGGAAUCCAUCUCUGCUCUUGGUCCAACAAGGGAGGCUGUUUAUAUUGUGCUUUUGUACCAAGGAACUAAUCCUGGAAUACAUUAUGAAUACAGUAUUCCUAAAGGAGUUUCACAGCCUACAGAUCCAGACACCUACACAUGGAUCCCUGGAGAUUUCUCAGACUGUACUGUGACAUGUGGUGGAGGUUUCCAGGUGCGAAAUGUAUCAUGUAUCAGACGGAAAGAUGGACUAGUUGUUCCUAAUGAUCUCUGCGAUCCUUCAUUAGAACCCAGAAGGAACGAAUCUUGUGGUACAGAUCCUUGCUUGCCUGAAUGGUCUGUUGGUGACUGGAGCAGCUGUAGUGCUACUUGUGGUGGGGGAGUGCAGACAAGGCCAGUUUAUUGUGAAAGAAUAGUUAGCAACAACCUCCCAUCUAUAGUAGAUGAGGAGCAAUGUCUGGAAGUAUUGGGUCUAAAACCUCUCACGUCACAACCGUGCAAUCAAGAUGUUGUGUGCCCAACAUGGCAUGUUGGCCCUUGGAGACCUUGUGACCGCCUCUGUGGUGAAGGAAGACACAGGAGAAGAGUACGUUGUUACAGAAGAGUUGAUGGAAGAAUUGAAGUAUUGCAUGAUUCAUCCUGUUCUCCUGAUAAACCAGAUGAAGAAAAGCCAUGUUUACUGAGACCAUGUGAGGGUGUUGACUGGAUCUUGUCUGAAUGGUCAGGUUGUGAAAAUAAAUGUGGACUGACAUUCGAGACUCGAGAAGCGCAUUGUGUCAAUGAGGCUGGGGUCAGUUAUCCUGAAAAAUUCUGUCAACCGUACCUGCUAGAAGAACUCAAAAGACCUUGUAAAAGUCCGCGACCUUGUGAUCAUGAGUGGUUUGCCUCACAGUGGAGUGACUGCUCAGCAGAGUGUGGCACUGGCAUUCAGACACGAAAAGUUUUUUGUGGCGCCUUUGAUGGUGAUAGAGUGAAGCGAGUGGAUAAUGAAAACUGUGACUUGAGUAAAAAAUAUGAAGAGGUUAGAAAUUGCACAGGGAAAGAAGAGUGUCAAGGGCAAUGGUACCAUGGCCCAUGGAGUAAGUGUGAUAAAGAAUGUGGUGGAGGAACUAAAGUAAGACAAGUUCUCUGCUUGGUAGCAAAUGAGACUGCUGAUGUAAACAAAUGUGAUGCAGAUAAAUUCCCAUUUAAAACAGAGUCAUGCAAUAAUCACCAGUGCAGUGAAGAUGAAGUCAUCACUACAGAUGAUGAGGUCUCAUUGGAGGAAGAAUGUGAAGAAGAGGAAGAAAUUUACUUCACUACAGAUACUGUCUUGGAAGCUUCAUCUAUGGGCAAAACUGAAUCACCUAGCAGUGUUAAAGACAUUGCUACAGUGACAUCAGAAGUAGGAGCAGUUAGUGCUGAUGGACUCCCAUCUCAAACCUUCGUGGCAACAAUCAUGUCUGAUAGUGUAGUUAGUGGUUUAUCUUCUGUGAGUACUGUCAGUCUUUCUGAAGGUGCCACAGAUACCAAAGGAUCUCCAGAAUCCAGUUUCUCAACAGCUGCAAUGGCCGAUGAGGAAUUAAUGCUAAGUGAUGCAGCAAGCACCUUUGAAGAUGAAGACACUGCUUAUACAACAGACGCUUACGAUGAAACGACUGAUGACUUUUCCUCCACUGAUGAAAGCUUCACAGAUGAGCCUCAUAGUCUGCCAGAUACAUCUGGGAGUGAUGGCACUAGCUCUGAAGCCCCUCUUAGCACUUCAGUACCAGAGACCACUAGUGGGGAGGAUGUUAUGAGUACCGAAACUUACAGUAGCACUGACUCUCAAUCACUUUCCAGUAGUCAAGCACCUGAUACCACAUCAGUUGGGACUACUGCCUCAGAUACUGAUGGAAGCACUAGUUUUGGAACUACUGUUAAUCUUUAUGAAACCAGUGUUGUUCCUGACACAUCUACUUCUGUAGACUCUACCACUGCUGAAAGUAUUACUGAUAGUGGAACAGUAACUGCAGAGAUAACAGGUGGAGAAACUGAAACAGCAGAUGACACAACAGAGAUUUCAGGGCUUAUGACAACAUCUUCAGGAUUAGAAACUGAUACUGUUACUGAAUCAUCUUCCACUGACACUUCCAGCAGCACAGCUAGUGAUGAAAGCAGCAGCACAGCUAGUGAUGAAAGCAGCAGCACAGCUAGUGAUGAAAGCAGUAGCACAGCUAGUUAUGAAAACAGCAGCACACCCACUGUUGAAAGCACAAGUGAAAGCAGUGAUUCAUCUACUGUUUCAUCUGCAAUUAGUUUAGAAGGAAGUACAACAACUGUGUCAUCAGAUGCAGAGGAAUCCACAAUUCCACAGUUUGAAGGAGAAUUUGAUGCUUCAGCAUUUGCAAAAGCUGAUGACACUAUACCCCAACAAACAACUGAGGGAAGUUCAACAGCAUACAGUGAAGUGACAACAGAUGAACUGUAUUCAUCAUCUUCAGAUAGUUCAUCAUUGAUUCCAUCUUCAACUUCAGAAAGUUCAUUUUCUUCAUUAACCCCAGGAAGUUCCUACCCAACAGAAGUUUCAUCUGUUUCCACUUCAGAACCAGAAGUUUCACAGUCCACAGGAAUAUCUACAUCUCAAGAAUCAGCUGGUACAGAAGUAUUAACAAGCACAGAAAUUUCAAUGACUACUGAAGUAUCAGCCAGCACAGAACCAUCGGAAACUACAGAGGAAACAAUUGCAGAAACUUCCACACCAUGGGAAACUUCCAUGGCAACAACAGUUUCACCAGCCGAAAGAACAUCAGUCAGUUCAGAAACAACAGUUUCAGAAGAGACUGCUUCAUCUGCAACACAAACUAUGAGUACAUCUGUAGCAUCUGAAGAAACAUCAGAAGUUGCUUCUACAACAGCUGAUAAAGUCUUUACUGGAAGCACUGGAAUUUUAGACUACACACCUACAAAAGAAGCAGCAGUAACAACAAAAAAAGAGAGUCUGUGGGAGACAGCAACCACCUUGAGAGAAUUAGUAACAACCAUAAAAUCAAAAGGAAAGAAGUGCCGUAGAAGGAAGAAACCAAGAGUAUUAAAAUGUGAAGAAACUAAGUUUGGCUGUUGUGCAGAUGGUAUUACAAAAGCCCAAGGACCGUUCAGCUUGGGUUGCCCACAAUUGAGGACAUGUGGUGAGACAAAGUAUGGUUGCUGCCCAGAUGAAGUAUCUGCAGCAAAAGGUCCACACUGGGAAGGUUGUCCACCUUCACUUUGUGCAGAAACUUUGUUUGGAUGUUGUCCUGACAAUGUUAGCAUAGCAGAAGGAAAUGAUUUUGAAGGUUGUCCUGAUGAAGAACCACCCUGUGAUUAUAAAACAUCUGAGUUUGGUUGCUGUCCUGAUGGGAUUACAAAGGCCUUGGGACCAAACAAUGCUGGCUGCUUUGAAUGUGAAGGUUCUGGUGAAUGCACAUGUGCAGAUACAAAAUUUGGUUGCUGUCCUGAUGGUGUUAGGGCUGCAACUGGGCCUAAUAAUACUGGCUGCUAUGAUGAUGAUUUUGAAGGGUCUGGUGUUACAACACCAUUGUUGAACGCAACAGAGGCUGAGGCUGAGCUUGACUGCACUGCUUCUGAGCACGGAUGUUGUCCAGAUGGUUACCUACCAGCUACAGGUCCUUACUUUGAGGGAUGUGGUGUUAUUAACUCAGAAAAUUGCACUGCAUCAUACUUUGGAUGUUGCCCCGAUCAAAUAAACCCAGCUUUAGGACCAGACUACAUUGGGUGUCGAAUGCCAUGUGAAAGUGAAAAGUAUGGUUGCUGCAGAGAUGGUAUAACACCAGCUCAUGGACCAAAUGAGGAAGGUUGUUGCCUGAAUUCAGAAUUUGGCUGCUGUCCAGACAAUGUAUUGCCGGCACAAGGUCCAAACCUGGAAGGCUGUGGUUGUGAGUACACUCGCUAUCGGUGCUGCCCGGACAACAAGACUGCUGCACGGGGACCUGGUAAUGAGGGUUGUGGCUGCAAGUAUACCAAGCACGGUUGCUGCCCAAAUAAUUACACUCCUGCUGCCGGACCAAACUAUGAGGGUUGCCCGUGUCACACAUUCCAGUUUGGCUGCUGCCCUGAUGGCAUAACAAUAGCUAGAGGCUUGCAUAACCAAGGUUGCGGGUGUGAAAACACAGAAUUUGGUUGCUGCUCAGAUGAUAAGACCCCAGCAGCUGGACCAAACAAAGAAGGCUGUGGAUGUGAAGCUUCAAAGUAUGGCUGUUGUCCUGAUGGGGUGUCAGAAGCUGAAGGAGAAAAGUUUGAGGGAUGUGAAGAUGCACCCAUUAUUGCCUCAGAAAUCUGUACAUUACCAAAGUCCCGAGGCUCAUGUCGAGAUUUUACUGUCAAGUGGUUCUUUGACACUGAAUAUGGAGGUUGUUCACGGUUUUGGUAUGGUGGCUGUGAAGGCAAUGAAAACAGAUUCAAAACACAAGAAGAAUGCAAGAAUAUCUGUGUUGAACCUCCUGGAAGAGAGGCAUGUUACCUACCUAAGAUAGCAGGUCCAUGUGAAGGCUACUAUCCAACUUGGUAUUAUGAUUCGGAAAGAAAGCAGUGUGGUCAGUUCAUUUAUGGAGGUUGUUUGGGUAACAACAACAAGUUCCAAACUCAAGAGGAAUGUGAGGCACUUUGUGUGCUCCCUGAUACCAUUGAUGCAUGUGAGCAACCAAAAGACGAAGGUCCGUGUAAGGGUAAUUACCGAAGGUGGUUCUUCAACAGAGAAGAUGGUGUGUGUGAAGAAUUUGCAUAUGGUGGCUGUAAAGGAAACAGAAAUAACUUCCUCACUGAAGCAGCUUGUCAUCAACAGUGUUUGCAGCCUGGGCGAAGUAGGGAGCAAGACAUCUGUACUCUUAAACCUGUUGUUGGUGGUGAAUGCUACAAUUAUACUGAACGGUGGUAUUAUGACUCUUAUGAGGUGCGCUGCAGGUCGUUUUAUUACAAUGGGUGUGGAGGAAAUGAAAACAAUUUUCUGACACUACAGGAUUGUGAAAAUCGUUGUGAGAAGCGGAGUCUUACCCCUGUACCUGCUGCAGAAUUCAGAAAAGAAAGCUGUUUCCUCCCUGAUGAACAAGGGCCUUGCUCUGAGAGUAUGGCAAAGUGGUUUUAUGAUAGCCGGGAUGGUGUUUGUAAACAGUUUCUGUAUGGAGGCUGUGAAGGGAAUGACAACCGUUUCUCCAGUCAUCAGGAGUGUGAAGAGAAAUGUGGUGAUGUACAAGAUAUUUGCAAUCUUCCUAGGGUUGUUGGACCCUGCAGUGGAAGCAUUCCUCAGUGGUAUUAUGAUAGAGUGACUGAUUCAUGCUAUGAAUUUGACUAUGGUGGAUGCCAAGGCAACAAAAAUAAAUUUGAUGACAAACAGCAGUGUGAACAGUACUGUAAGAGGUAUCACUUUACAACUUCUGCCCCUGAUGUGAGCGCUUUGCUACUAACCACCCAGGAUGAUAGGAUGAAUGAGAUAGAAAGCACAGAUAUCUGCAGUGCACCAGUAGAUCCUGGUCCCUGUCAAGGCUCAAUUGUGUCAUGGUAUUAUGACAAGCGCUCUGGAAGAUGUGGAUCAUUUGCAUAUGGUGGUUGUGGAGGAAAUGCCAACAGAUUCCAAUCAGAAGAACAGUGUGAGAGGCAAUGUGGAGCAUUUAAAGGACAAGAUGUUUGUAACAUCCCAUUUGAUCCUGGGUAUUGCCAAGAUGCACUGCAAAAAUGGUACUAUGAUGGAACUUCUCGAAGCUGCACACAGUUUAGUUACACAGGCUGUGGUGGAAGUGGAAAUCGUUUCAGUAGCCAAGAAGAAUGUGAAUCUGUUUGUUUACAGUAUCAGGAAGUUCCUCCACUUGGCAAUGACACUGCUCUUUCCAGACAAGCAAUAUGUAGGCUUCCUGUAGACUCAGGACCAUGUGCUGGGGGAUACCACAAAAGAUGGUAUUAUGAUGAUGAGCGGCAGACUUGUAUUCCAUUCAUCUAUACUGGAUGUGGUGGAAAUUUCAACCGGUUCAAGAAUUUCCAGAGUUGUCUAUCUUUUUGUUCUGUAGUUUUGCAAGGUGGUAAUGAUGAUAAAAUUGAAGAUAAACCAGAAGAAAAAGUUGAUUGCACAUCUGCCAAAGAGAAUUGCAAUCUGUUGCAAUGCCCUUAUGGGAUUGAAAGAUUUGUCAAUGCAGAUAGCUGUGAAAUAUGUCAGUGUCAUGAGCCAUGCAAAGACCAUAUUUGUCCAGAUGGAACUAGGUGUGCUGUUGACCUUUAUCAAAAUACUGAGACAGAUGACACUGAAUUUAGAGCUGUUUGUAGACCAGUGAAUAAGCCAGGGGAAUGUCCUAAACUAGUGGAAGCAAAUGAAAAUUGUAUACAAGAGUGUCAAUCAGAUGCAGACUGCACAGACAUACGUAAAUGUUGUUUCAGUGGUUGUGGUUCUUCAUGCCUGAAUCCUGUUUAUCCUGGACAACUUUUAACAACAGAAAGACCAGUUGUGCAACCACAACCACAGCCACCUUAUGGAGUUUAUGAUGAACCACCUAGUAUUGAUCUCACUGAUAGUGAUGUUCAAGCUGAAGAGGGAUCAUAUGCGACACUAAAAUGUAUUGCUCAAGGUCGUCCAACACCACGUAUUGUCUGGAGGAAAGGCACUUCUACAAUUGAUGGAUCGAGUGGGCGAUACAGACUGUUGUUGGAUGGAUCUUUGCAGAUUAUAGGUCUGUAUCGUUCUGAUGCAGGUGUCUACAUCUGCACUGCUGACAAUGGCAUAGGCCAACCAGCUCAGAAGGAAACUCAUCUAAAAGUGACAGAUCCUCAUCCACGGCCAGCUGAGAUAAUUGGUGAAGACAGUACAUACGUAGUGGUGACAUUGGGAGCUCCUACUUCUCUCCACUGUUAUGCUGUUGGCUGGCCCAGGCCUUCUGUAACCUGGUGGCGUGGUGAACGCUUGCUGCCUCUCAGUUCAGAGCAGUAUGAGCAACGGCGUGACUACUCCUUGUUUGUCAGAUCUGUUGCCUUGAGACAACUAGGGCCUUACACAUGUCAGGCUUACAAUGGCCAAGGAAAAGCAACAUCAUGGACUGUCACUGUACAAGCUAUUGGUCCUGUUUACAGUAAUAACCCUAUUGACAGAGAUUACUUCCAGUACCUUGUAUCUGCACCUAGAAGGGCACCCGAAAGGAAUAAGACAGCAAGUUCCCAAACUAGACCUUCAUAUCCAUACCGACCUGUUCGUCCACCUUACAGACCAAGACCUGCAACAACUCAGACAAUACCUGUUAUGACAAUGACUACAACCACCACUACUACCACUCCUCAACCAGUUGAAGAACGAGAAGAUGAAAGUGUCCUGGUACCGGAGCAGCCUAGGGUAUUUGUAGUGCCUGUGCAAGUAAAUGUAACAGUAGACCGAACAGUUUAUCCUGUUGGGAGUGAAAUAUCCAUUGCCUGUGAUGUUGAUGGGUAUCCCAUCCCACAGGUUCAGUGGUUUAAGGAUGACAAUCCUCUUCAAGUUGGAAACAGAAUUCAAGUUUCAGAAAGUCACAGACUGCUGAUAUCAAGAGCUGAGGGAACAGACUCUGGCACAUAUCGAUGUGCAGCAUCAAAUCCAUACAGUGCCUCAUCUAGUGCUGUCUCAGUUGUUGUUGAAGGGAUAUACAUCCAUCCAAACUGUACAGAUAAUCCAUUCUUCGCCAAUUGUAGUCUGAUUGUGAAGGGUCAAUAUUGUACACAUAAGUACUACGCUCACUUCUGCUGCAAAUCUUGCACUUUAGCUGGCCAGUUGCCAUCAUAUGGCCCUCAUCUUGAAAGAACAGGUACAAGCAGAAUUGAUGGCAGAAGAAAAUAAUAUAUGCAGCUAGUCCCAUCGCCAAACGAUCACAGUGACGGAAAAUAAACAGUAGACUAAUAUCUGUGUAUUGUGUUCCUCUAGUGUUAAAAGUGGUCCUACAUUUGUUUUGAUGUCACUGUGUACAGUAACAAUUUCAUUAUUACUGUAAUUAUUGUGAUAAAUUCUUGACACAUUUGUGAAUCUAGAAUUUCAGUGCUCAUUGAUUGAUAUAAAACUCUGAUUUUAUAUGACCUUUUCCAUGUUAGGGACAAAAGAAAGCAUGCUAUACCUCCAUGAUCUGCUUCUGUUACAGUAUGACUCUCACUAUAGAUUUGAAGGGUAAUGUGUGAAGAUUAAGAAUAUGUACAUGAUAUCAAAUAAUCAUGGAAAACAUUGUGGUAGAUUUAUCUGGAAAUAAGGAAAUAAAAUAAUUUGUUAGUAGAGUUUGUAUGUUCACAUUAACGGUUCCAAAAAAAAAAAAAAAAAAAAAAAAAAGUUUCAUAGCAUUCCGUUGUUUAAAUUGAGAAAGGUCCACCAGAGACAGAGUAUCGUAAAACAUACUUCAGGGGUGUUUAAACCUAGAUGCCCAACAGCCAGACAAUAUUUCGCAGUUCUAUAAUAGAAGCAGUUCCAAAGGAUAACAAACAGAUUGAGAAAAUAUAAAAUCAGUGUUUUAUAGUUCAAAGGAUUUAUGACAAUCCAGUGAAGUGGUCUUAUUGAAGACAAGUGCCUUCAAGAUCUUAGAAACAUAGAAAGUGCUAUGUUGCCUUGAAAAUAUGUAAAAAUGCACAUAUUUAUUAAAUUCUGCUAAGUUAAGUUAAUGUAAAAUUAUGUUAACGAGCAUAAAGGUAUAUUUUUCUUCACUUCUUUAUUUUCAGCAUAUUUUCAAGGGAUACCAUAGAAGUUUUUUUGUUCACAAGGAGAUGAAAGUAUUUCUUUGAAGGAUGCGUGAUGUUCAUAUUAUUUAAAAUGGCCAGAGACAGGCCGCAUGUACAAUGAAUGAGUGCAAACAUGUGAGACUGUGAAUGUGUAUCUGUGUGUGAGGGAGUGAGAGAGGAUAAGAAUGAAACAUAUAUAUAUUUUUAAAUGUAUGCACUGGUCAUUGAGAAGGUAGUCAAUUACUGUAGAGAUACAGCAAGAGAUUAUGGAAAGUACAUUAAGACUAUAGUAGAUUUGGAGAGCUCACUUAAGUCACUGCCACAUUAGAAAGAAGUACGUGAAGCUGGCAAAGCUAAUGAUAUUUUGUAGUGUACUGUAUUAUAUCAUCAUUCAUUUCACUUUCCUGAAACAUGUAUCAUGUUAACAAUUUGUUAAAAAUGUCAUCCAACACAAAAGUACUUGUAGUAUAAUUUCGUAAUGUAUUACUGAGAUUUUUUAAUUUUUUGUAACAUUGUGUAAAUAAGAAAAUUUAUUGAAAUAAAUUUGUGAACUUA